AUGUGGCUCAGUGACCAACAGAAGAUUGGCGUGGGCCUGGUGUCCGGCGGUGUCUUUUUCCUGUUUGUGGGCGUGCUGCUCUUCUUUGAUGCGACGCUCCUUGCGCUCGGGAAUAUCCUGUUUGUGGCCGGCAUUGCGAUGCUGAUCGGCCCGCAGCGCACGCUCACGUUCUUUGCGCGGAAACAAAAGAUCCGGGGCACGGUGUGCUUCUUUGCGGGCAUGGCACUCGUGUUCUGCCGCCUGACCUUGCUGGGCAUGCUCAUCGAGACGGUCGGCUUUUUGAACUUGUUUGGCGACUUCUUCCCGGUGAUCCUCAACUUUUUGCGGCAGGUGCCGGGCGUGGGCCAGGUACUCUCGAUGCCGGUCGUGGGCUCGGUGAUGGACCGCCUUGCGGGCGUACGCCGUUCCGCCGUAUAG